UUUCAGAUCAUGUUGGAAAACCUAGAACUUGCAAUGCUGUAUAUUGAUUGUUGAUUUUUCUAGUCUCUUUGUAUGUCUUUUUGAGUAAAAAUUAAAUUGGAAAAACAAAAAAAGCUUCAAAUGAAUUCAACUGCUGAGAUGGAUAAAGACGACCCGAUGUUGGACUUGUACACUCAUCCGAACAAUGACAGUCGGAUCUGGGUCGGUAAUCUGGAUUCGAGAGUUACAGAGUUUGAAUUGGUAAAACUGUUCCAAAAUGCUGGUACAAUUGACAAGCUCGAAUAUCUCUUUCAUAAAAUUGGACCCCAAGCAGGACAACCUAGGGGAUAUGCUUUUCUUACCUUCAGUAAACGAGAAGAAGCUAUAAGAGCUAGAAAAGAAUUUGAUGGGAAGUCUCUUCUUGGAAGAACACUUUUAGUUAAACCUGCCAGAAGUGUCCAGAAAGAUGAUCUUACUGGACCCAAAACCACUCAGUUCAGCAUCCCUGCUUUAAGUGGAGCAAAAGACAACAAAAAUAAACUCAACCUUGAACAACAGAUCAAAGCAAUAGAAAGCAAGUUAAAAACGAUGGAAAAUUCCUCAGCAACUCUUCCCGAUUUGCCACCAAAUUUUGUGUCUCCUCUCAGCCGCAUUGCUGCUAGACCGGCAGCUCAACCGUACCCUAGCAGGUCUAACCGUUCUAGGGGUUCUAGAGGGCGAGGACGUGGGGGCUACAGAGAUCGGAGGCGUUAAAACUGUGGGCGCCAGUUCGAUAUUCUCAAUGGUAUCCGAAAUCUACAAUUACUAUUGUUAUUAAAAACAUACGCACAUUAUUCUUUGUAGACGAAUUUAUGUGUGCUAAACGAUGAAACUGUGUCGAGUUCUGAUUUUUAAUAUUUAUGAUUCUCACUUGUAAGACUAGCCUUCGUUUCUAGAGAUGGUAAACACACCCUUUUUUAAAAUAAACUUUCGUUCGAAAUAAA